AUGCCUCCCAAAGCUGCCGAAGGCGCCAAAGGCGAAAACAAGUCCUUCUCAACCGAGGACAUGGCAGCACUCCUCGCCGCAAUGGCUUCCGACGGCAGCAGCGCCCCUGGUGCGAAGCAUUACCAAAUCAUGAAUAAGAUCAAGAACUCGAAGUCCGCCUCUGCCUGGGAGCAUACGUUCCGGCCCAUCAAGAAGCGCGCGAAGGAGCUGGGUGAUCAGAUCAAGGCUGGAGACUUCGGAGACUUCGCUACCGCUACGCCGAGCAAGGACUCCGCAGCUGGGGGCGAGAAGAAGAAGACGCCGGCGAAGCGUGGCCGUAAGGCGAAAGCUGAGGCUGACGAUGAGGAGUCGCCUACCAAGAAGGUCAAGAAGGAGGACUCAGAGGCCGACGCUGAGGGUGAAGAGGACUCUGUCUAA